AGACCCCGUUUCCUUCCCCAUAGCCGAGCUCCUCGAGCUCUCUCUCUCCUGCCAAGUCCGGCCGACGCCGCCAUCGGUCGAUCUCCUCCCCUAUAGCUUCCCUCCUAGUUUCCUUGCACCAUCGGCUUUGCCUCCCUCCGGCGAACCCAUUUUUCCCGUUUCCCCCUUCUCCCCCACCCCAUAGCAACCACCACAACACCUCCUUUGCAGCCGAAGAGAAGCUCUUCUACUUGCCGUUCCGGCCAACUUCCCCUCUCUCUCGGCCAGCCACCGACUUCCCCGGGUGCGCGUCGUCCGGGAACACAAGUCGCCGCCGACGUCGCCGAUCCCCGGCCACUGGAGCCCCAGCGCCCCUUCUCUCUCUCUCUCUGUUGUUACACGGGAAGAAGGAGAGGAGGAAGAUGACGGGAGGAAGAAGAAGAAAGAAGAGAAAAAGAAAAAGAAAGACUGACAGUAGAGUCUAUUAUAUUCUGGAUGGCAACCUGUGGUAUUUCGAGCAUCGGAUAAUCAGGUUGCCUACCUUGAUUUAUUCGCGUUGGAGCAAGGCAAGUUAUUAUUCCUCCCCUUUGAGCAUAAUUAUCCCAUAUUCUUAUAUCUCUAUUCUAUGCAUUAGUCAUACAUGAUUUUGAAUGCAUAACCUGAACAUAGCAAACCAGAUAUGCUAGCUUUGCUUAGCCCUGCCUAGUUAGUCCGUAUAAAAAUAUAAUGAACUUAGAUUGGGACAGUACGUAGGAAUUGGUUGAUUUCCGGGUGGCUAGUACUGUCUCAGUCGAUAUAGUUAUUACCAAGUACUUAUGUCAAACGAACGAGUACGACCGCAAUUCUAGAAUGGGGACAGACCUUGCAAAGUAAGUUAUCUAGCAAAGGUGGUACCUCUGUACAGUGGUUCUAUUGUAAGUCCUCGCGCAGGAGGCAAUUAUAUGCCGCGAAGGGCAAAUGUGACGUUUACCGAGGCGCAGGUAAAUGAUUUAUUGAGCUCAAGUAUAUAUAUAAUUGUGAAAACCUGGUUGAGAUGACGGGGGUCUCUCAACCAGUUCUCUCUCUAAAAACCUCGGGAACGCCAGAACUCCUCGCGCUGCUGACAAUGUUAUGUUCAGAGCGCAUGAGGAUGAGAGUUCAUGGAACAGGUGCCACUGAUGUUAGUAACUGAAAAGCUUUGCCAUGACUAAGCUAAUGAAUAUUAGCAUGUCAUGGAUUGCGGGUAAAGCGUACAUUUACUGUAGUAAAGUAAACCUGAAUCUAUUCGAAUAGCCGUGCUCACGGAAUUGAGUAUCGGGACUCAUAUGGUACUUUGGUUAGAAACCUAAUUCAAGAUUUUACUAAAUGCUGCUGCAUUUAAAACAUCAGGCUUUCUAUUUCUAUAUUCUCUGCCUUCUGCAAGUAAUUGUAAUCCUACUCAAAUAUUACUAUUUCAUUCACUCAUUAUCGAAUAUAAUAGCUUGCUGAGUACGUUGUACUCACCCUUGCUUCAACCCCCUUUUCCAGAAUUAAAUUGAAGUUCUUGCCGAAGCCAGGAGUUCAAUCAUAUAAGUUAGUCUUAUUUUAACCUAGUUUUCAAAUCUAGAUUAGUUAGAUGGUUUAAGUCUAUAGCAAAACCUUAGAGUUGAGUCACUAUAUAACUUCUGCUGUAAUAGUUAGCCACAGUCUUGUAAAUUCCCCUAUUAUUUUAUGUAAUAACAUCUUCUUUGGAGCCUUGUUUAAAUGUACGCAAUGAAGAUCCAGAUUGUUGAAGCUGUGUCAAUCUACUGAUCCAGGGCUUGAUACAGUUAAACAUGUCGAUUUCCGAAUCUUUAGUUUUGGGACCCGACAUUGUUUGAUGCAGGUUAAGCUUAAUGGGCCAGACCACACUUGUUUUUCAGUUAAUAAGUGUGGUGAUACAAUGGCUUCUAAGGGAUGGAUAGCUGAUAGGGUGGUGGACUGGUUAAAGGAGAAACCCACAUUGGGACCAAAGGAGUUGCAAGAGAAGGUCAAUAAGAAGUAUAAGAUGGAUGUCCCAAAUUUCAGGGUUUUUAGGGCCAAGGAGAAGGCUAUGGACAUGAUAUAUGGGAAGUGGGAUGAGAGCUAUGAUCUAUUGCCGACUUACAAAGAGGCACUUCUGAAGGCAAUCCCUGGUAGUGUUGUUGAGUUGGACACUGAAGAGCAUAAUGGGGAUGUUUGUUUCAAGAGAUUCUUUGUAGCUCUUAAACCAUGCAUUGAUGGUUUCCUGCAAGGAUGUCGUCCUUACAUUGCAAUGGAUUCAACUCACUUGACAGGAAGGUCAAGAGGUCAGUUGGCAGCUGCUGUUGCAGUCGAUGGCCACGAUUGGCUAUUUCUAGUGGCCUAUGGGGUGAUUGAAAUCGAGUCUAAGGAGAGUUGGACAUGGUUUAUUCAGAACUUGAAGCAAGCCAUAGGUACUCCUACAGGAUUGGUCAUCAACACCGAUGCAGGCAAAGGGAUAGAGGGAGCUGUAGAUGAUGUCUAUCCAGGAGUGGAACACCGAGAGUGCAUGAGACACUUGUGGAAGAACAUGAAGAAGAAGUAUCAUGGCACAUUGUUUUCUUAGAACAUGUGGGGAGCUGCCAAGAGCUGCACAUUUCAGAGGUAUGAAUACCACAUGGACAAGAUAAAGGAGAAGUGUCCUGAUGCAAUACAAUGGUUGGAUGAGAAUCAUCCAUAUGUUUGGAGUAGGAGCAAUUUUUUUGAACUAUGUAAGGUAGACUACAUCAAUAAUAAUCUUUCUGAAUCAUUCAACAGUUGGGUGUCAAAAACUAAGGACUUGCAUAUUGUGGAUAUGCAUGAGAAAAUAAGACAUAUGAUUGUUGCAAAGUUUGACUUGAGAGCCAAUAUUGCUAGAAAUAUGGAGGGCAAGAUAAUCCCAGCCAUUACCAAAGAUCUUAAUGCUCAGAGCAAGGCUAUCAAGGACCAUGAAGUUCUUAGAUGUGGAGAUGGCACCGCCGAGGUAACUGUAUCCACCAUUACACAUGCAGUAAACUUGAAUGAGAGAACUUGUAGUUGUAGGGCUUGGCAAAUAAGUGGAAAGCCAUGUAGCCAUGCUUUAGCUUUCAUUGCAAAGCUUAGCAGACAAGUACAUAUGGGUGAUUUUGUGGAUGAAUGCUUCUCCGUUGAGAGGUUCAGGAAAGCAUAUGCAGGGUUAUUCAACCCUAUGACAUCCAAGCAUCUGUGGCCAUUGGUUGAUGUAGGCUACAAAAUCAAGAAGCCCAAAUUGAGGAGAAAACCAGGGAGACCAAGGGUCUCUAAGAUGAAGGCUUCUGAUGAGGUUGGCCAAAGGAAAAAAAGAAAAUGCUCAGAGUGUCAUGAAUUGGGUCAUACAGCUAAGUAUUGCCAAGGAGGCCUUACAGCUAGUCAAAAGAGGAAAAAAGGCACUCAAGAGAGUAGCAGUGAUGCACAUGCAUCUAAUGCAAGCGCAGGUGGAUGUGAAGGGGAAGGGGAUGGGGAAGGUACCAUGAACGCACGAGGUGGACGUGCAAGUGGCAGGGGAAGGGGAAGAGCCAGAGGGAGGGCAAGUUCAAGUUCAAGUGGUGGUGGUGGUGGUGGUGGUGGAGGUGGAGGUGGAGGUAGAGGUGGUGCUGGUGGUGAUGGUGGAGGUGGUGCUGGUGGUGAUGGUGCUGGAGGUGGAGGUGGCAGGGGUAGGGGAAGAGCUAGAGGUGGUGGUGGUGAUGGUGCUACUGGAGGUGGCAGGGGUAGGGGAAGAGCUAGAGGUGGUGGUGGUGAUGGUGCUACUGGAGGUGGCAGAGGUAGGGGAAGAGGUAGGCUAGCUGCUUUGUUAGGCUGUUGAUUGGAUCAUGUAAUAUGUGCCUACUAUUUACUGCAUUUUGUGUGAUGUUGGACAUGGCUUUGUGCCUCUAUGUGAUGUUGUUUUGGACCUAAUGGUGCACUUUUGUGGGCCUUGGUGGUGUGUUUUUGUUGGCCUUAUGUUGGACCUAGUAAUGUGCAUGUUGAACUGAUGUAUGUUGUCACAUGCUUGGAUAUGAACUUGUUGGAUUUGGCUAUAUGUUUAUGCUAUAUUGAAUGCACUUUGGAAUCCACAAAAUGAGAAGUUAUGCUGUCAAAA